GGAGAUGGAGAGUGGAGGCCUCCAUGGCUACAGAAAGCUCUCCAAGACAACCUCUGAGAUCCAAACAGAGGCUCUCAGCAUUGAUGUUUUGCAUGCAGGGACUGUGUAUGAUUCGAUUGUUGAGACAUUGUCGCCUGAUCUAGUGUUCUUCUCCUGCAUGCAAGUGUGUCUUGGGAUUCUGCUCUCUCUUAUCUUGAAGACAACCUCCAUUUUUAGCUUUUUCUCACCGUUGAGAUCUAGUGUUCUUUCUUUUUCUGUGAUGGUUCUGGUCUGAUUACUUGCAUGCAACUGUAGAAAAAUGUUCUCUGACGCUUUGAUAUCCGGGUUCUUCGCUUGGAUCCCUGCAGUAACUUUCUCUUCUGAUGUUUGUCUUCCCCUUGAAGCUUUAUUUUCUAGGAAAUAGAGCUUGGCGGUGACUCUUCCUUUUUUGCUUGGAAAUCGUUUUCACCCUUCUUGUGAUUCACAGCCCUUUAAUUACAGCGAUGGGCAAACUUGCUCACGUCUUAAAAUUUAUUUGUUUUUUUCUUUACUUGGACUUCGGAUUUGAUCCAUUAUCUUUAUUGAUUACAUUUUGUAUGAUGUUGAUUAUAUUUAUUGGAGUAAAAUGUGCCCAUGGCGGGCAUGGCCUCUCUGCAUAUAUAUAGAUAUGGGGUUAUGGAAGCUAGAGUACUGCAAAAAGGUAGUGGAGAAGAAAUGGUUGAAGUAAUGGGUUGUGAAAAUCACAGUACCUUACAAAUGGCUAGCAUGCAGAAGAAGGUCCCACAUGACCUUGUCAACACUUGGCGCUCAUGCACUUUGAUUAUACACAACCCUUCCCAUUUACACAGUCACCGUCUACUUUAACCUAGACAUUACACCAAUUUUCACUCUUAACUAGGCUUGGCGUGCUCUUGCUGCUGCGUUUUUUACCAAGAUUUUUGAAGAACCUGAACACAAAUGUGGGUUAAAAAUGCAGCAGAAAUCAGAAGAAAGAGGGAUGACUUUUUGUUUCAGUUUUAAAGCUAUUGAUCUUUGCAUGUUGUCAAGCUCAGGAAUGAAGCUGACAGAACCCAAUGAGAAGCAGCCUGAGAGCAAUCAGAUGUCCAACAAUUCAGCCAUGGAAGACACUGAAUGCACUGUGAGGGAACAAGACAGGUUCAUGCCAAUAGCGAAUGUGAUCAGGAUCAUGCGCAAAAUCCUACCCCCACAUGCCAAAAUCUCGGAUGAUGCCAAGGAAACAAUCCAGGAGUGUGUGUCUGAGUACAUCAGCUUCAUCACAGGUGAAGCCAAUGAGCGGUGCCAGCGCGAGCAGCGCAAGACCAUCACUGCAGAGGACGUGCUGUGGGCAAUGAGCAAACUUGGUUUUGAUGACUACAUGGAGCCACUCACCAUGUACCUCCACCGCUACCGCGAGCUUGAAGGCGACCGUACCACCAUCAGGAGUGAGCCAGUGGUGAAGAGGAAUGUGGAGUUUGGGGGUCUGAGCGUGGCGGCAUUUGCGCCGGCGUUUCAUAUGGGUCAUCACCAGGGGUUCUUUGGAGCAGCAGCCAUGAGUGGAUACUUGAAGGAAGCUCCCAAUGCAGGCACAUCCCAGGCUGCAGUGGCUAGCUUGGAACCAUAUGGCCAGUACAAAUGAGCUUAAAACAAAAUACUAGCUAGAGAGAGUAGUAGUUUCUAGUGAGGUGAAGGUGAAAAUAAAUGGAAUGUAAUCAAAGGAAAAGAGUUUUUGUUGGGACGCUGUUAUGCAAAAUCAGCUGGGGUUUCCUGGUUGAUCCUCCUUCUAAUUAAGGUCCUUU